AUGACUCAGUCAACGAUCCCUUUGCAAAGUAACAUCAAAAUUAGUGAUCGACUCGAGGAGAAUUCGAUUGACUUCUGUCGUUUUGUCGGACCAUUUAAUCGAGCAGAUGAGUACGCUUUUACCGCCCCUCCCUGGUGCCAGAGGGAAGGCAGCGAGAAUGUGCCUGGAAGUAGUUUAAGUACUUCUGUGAGCGCAGUGUUUGUCCUGGUGAGCUCCCCCCCGAACUGCGGUCUGGUGGCGCGGUUCUUCUGCACGAAACUCCUUCACUAUCUUCUUUGGUGUUAUAAGGACGCUGCUUUUUUUCUUGCCGGCCCCUCGCCGCGGGAUUUUAACGUCUAUCGACAUGAAGAUGAUGCUGCUGCGUGGAGGAAAUGCAUGGAAACGUGUUUGGCAAAAUCGCUCGAGCACGUCGAGUCAGCUCGAAAGCGCGGUACCUUAACGGAACCGGUGGUAAUAGUCCUAGCGGACUGCGAGUCACAGGCGGCAUACGAUACAGUGCACAAAAUGCUUGGGAGCAUGGAAAACCUUUUCGUGCGCCAUAUCUGGUUUGGGGAUAGUUGGAGGGAAAGCAAUCCAGUGGAUUGCAGCUAUAUUAACGUAUGUUUAAGGCAACCCGCUUACCGUCUGACUAAGUGCCGUGGAAGUAGCACCUGUGCAAAAAUAACGAGUUACCUCAACAGUUGCCUUCCGACGCUCCACCAUAUUCAUCUUCACGAGCCUCUGUCCGGAUCCCCCGAGGAGACACUGCGGUCGGGGUGUCCGCUCUUCUUUACACGGCAUGGGCAGUCGGAGUACAAUUUGGAGGAUCGCCUCGGUGGAGACCCGGACAUUACGCCUCUGGGUGUGGACGAUGCGCUGACGUUGGCGGAGUUUUUUCGCGAUCAGGUGGUGCGGAACCCCCGGCUCUUUGCGACAAGAGAUUCGAUAUGGGAUGAAACGGAGGGAUUUGAGGUUUGGUGUAGCCAGUUGAAGCGUACGAGGCACACAGCGCAACCUUCAGCCGACGUUCUCACGAAUGGAAACUUAAAGGCAUUUAAAAUGCUAAACGAGAUUCACGCCGGUGUGUGUGAAGACAUGACAGCCAACGAGGUAAAGGAGCAGUACCCGAGUAUCCAGUUUUUCCGUCACACAGAUAAGGCUGGGUUCCGUUACCCCAACGGCGAAUCUUACCACGAUCUGAAACGCCGGCUGGUACCUAUCCUGUAUGACCUUAAUGCUACACGCAAAGGAAUAUUAGUUGUUGCUCACCAAGCCGUGUUGCGAGCGAUACUUUCAUUCUUUGGAGGCCCGCCGGUAGAGGAGGCGGUUCACAAGCCCUGUGCCCAUCGGGCCGUAUGGUGUUGUACGUACAACAGGUUGGGGGAGCCACGUUUAUCGACCAUUACGUUGCGGCCCCGCUUGCAGUCAUCCACCGAGGCGAGCACCUCCGUCGGGUGA